UUAUCUCGCUCUCUUGCAAUCCUGGGGAAUAACUCUCCAGAGUUUGUGCCUUGCUCGCUCGCUUACUCACCCUCUGUCCUGGGUGGAGCUUCACUCUGGCCUGUCUGAGGUGCCAGUGAAUCAGGCUUCAGGCACGUCAGGGGGAGAGGCAGAGCCCAGAGCGAGACCCACCACCUGCGCUGGCUCACCUGGCAAGCUCCCCUGCCCCUCAUGGCUCGCCGGUCCCAGAGCUCCUCACAGGGGGACAACCCCCUGGACCCUAACUACUUGCCACCCCAUUACAAGGAGUAUUACCGGCUGGCUCUGGAUGUGCUAGCUGAGGAGGGGCAAGAGAAUUAUCAUCGUUUUCUGGAUGAAGAAGGAGCCCCUGACUUUCUCUGCAGCACAGAGGUAGAGCACAUCACUCAGCAUCUCCAGAAGCCCCAGUAUGCCAACCAGGAGAGCAGCUGCACAGAUGCCAUGCAUGGCAGUGACAUAGACGGAUCCUCUGGGACUUAUUGGCCUAUGAAUUCUGACCUUGCUGUCCCUGAGCUUGAUCUGGGCUGGCCAAUGGUCUUUGGAUUCAAGGGUACUGAGGUAACAACUCUGGUGCAGCCACCACCCCCAGACAAUCCCAGCAUCAAGGAAGAAGCCCGUAGGAUGAUCCGAGCUGCACAACAGGUGGUAGCUAUAGUGAUGGAUGUUUUCACAGAUGUGGAUCUGCUGAGUGAGGUGCUAGAUGCUGCUGCCCGCAGGGUCCCUGUGUAUAUCCUCCUGGAUGAAAUGAACUCCCAGCUCUUCCUAGACACAGCUGCUAAGUGCAAAGUCAACCUCAACUAUGUGGAGUUCCUGAGGGUCCGGACGGUUUCUGGCCCCACCUAUUACUGCCGCACGGGGAUGUCCUUCAAAGGGCAUGUGAAAGAGAAGUUCCUGUUGGUGGACUGCAUGGUGGUGCUAAGUGGCAACUACAGUUUUAUGUGGUCCUUUGAGAAGAUUCAUCGAAGCAUCGCUCACAUCUUCCAAGGGGAGCUGGUGUCCAGCUUUGAUGAAGAAUUCCGAAUUCUCUUUGCACAGUCAGACCCUCUCAUUCCUCCAGCCAAUGUCUUGGUGAAGGCAGAGAACCCAUUUACCAUGGCCCCCUUUGGCAACAAUAUGCCCUUCUUUCCAAAGAAACCACACCUGCUGUUCCAGAGGGAUGACAAUGUCUUUCCACCCUUCAUGGACAGAGUUGAUCCAGACAGAUACUUCUUGUCAGCCUUCAGACGGGAUGAACUGAUGCGCCAUACUAUGGAGGGGUCAGCAAUGCGCAUGUAUUCUAAGAAGGCAGAAAUGGAGAAUUCUCAGAUAGAUCCUGUCAGAGGUUUAUUCCGCUCCAAGCAAUUAGAGCUGGAUUCCUUUAAGAGACACAGCUUUGCUGAAGGAACCUUUGAAAACUUUUCUUCUUCAAAGCAGUGUUCUAGGCAGAUGUUCAUGAACAAUCUGGAUGACUUUAAAAUGCAAUCCAGUCACUUUCAAAAGGACCAGUUCUACCAAUAUCAAUUUGAACAUCCCCAUGCUUCCAGCAGGCCUCAGGGGUUCUUUGAGCGAAUACGAGGUGGUAGGCCAGGAUUCAAUGAACUGGAGGACUAUGCACAGGGCCCCAGAUAUCCUGAACUUGAAUCCCACUUCCCACAGGAGGGUUUCCCCUUAAGGCUAGAUUAUGAGCCUUCAAAUUCUUCUAGGGAAGUGAGGCAUGGUUCUGACCAGGUGAACCCUGCAGGGAAUGGCCCACUAGGGCUGAUGUCACUAAGGAGGCAAAACAUAGGGCAGAAAUUCAUGUGCCAGACAUCCCCCACACAGAAGCAGAGCCUGGAACAACGACUGUUUUUACAAGACCAGGACCCAGAUCAGGACAAGAAGACCCAGGAAAAUAGAACAGGUUUGCGUAACUGGAGGAUUUCUUCAUACCUGAGUGGAUACCAGUCUGAACCAGGAGACGAAGGCAUCCCAAUGCCCAUGGAAUCAGAGUCAUAUAAUGAUGUUUUGAGCCUUGGAGAGCCCCUCACAAAGUACCCCAGUGACCUGAUCCCAUCUUUCAAGUCUCCUAUGUCAUUUAAUAAUAAAUCAUUGGGAAUUGAAAGUGCCAAAGAGUCAACAGGUACUGAGAGAGCAGGCGAGGAGACCUCCCUUAUGAAACAGGAUUCCUUUAGGUCCAGGAUAAAUCCUUUGAUCCAGAGGAGCUCAAGGCUCAGAUCUUCUUUGAUUUUUAAUGCCGCCAAUUUAGAUCCGCAGAAUAUGACAAUGGAGAAGGUUCAGAUGAUCCAAAAGGAGCAAAUGUCCAAUGAGAUUACAAAAGACAAUGAAACUAUAAAGGCAACCACCUCUUCUAAAGUAGCAGAACUUUUAGAGAAGUACAAAACUGUGGGCAAAGACAUAGAGAGUGCUACAGUUAGUCACACCAAAGCUGUUUCCAGUUUUCUACAGGAAGAAUCUCAGAAUGCAGAGAAAAAAUGUACCAAAUCCGUGCAAUACAAGAUCCUGGAGAGUAGGGUGCUAGACUCAAAAGAAUCCUUCAGUAGUUACAAGAUGCACAUGGAGUCUGAGAAACAGUUUGGUAUGUCUCCUUCAGCCACCCAGCUCCUUGACACACUGAGUAAAGAUCCUAUAACAAAUAUUAGCAGCAAAAUGGAAAAACUAUCUUCUCGGUUCUAUUCCACAGACAGCAAACCUGCUCUUCCAAUGAAGGAGAACCUGAUAUUGGUAGGAAACACUCAGAAGCUUGCUCUGCCAGAGAACAGGGAGAAACUGACAUUCAAAAGAGACACACAGGAACUAGCUGACACAGAAUUCAAGAAACCGCAGGCUAGGAUAAGCACCACAUCGAUUCCUGAAAGUUUAUCCAAGAAUCAAGGGUCUGACAGCUCUCUCAAUAAAUCCGAGGAAGAGGGUGCCAAACAGGAACAGAGUCCACUGGAAUUUUUUAGGAAAGGGUCGCUAAGGUUGAAACAAUUGCUGAAUCCAAAGGGUGAUAAGAAAUCAGAGGAAGAAACCAAUCUUGAGAGUGGAAAGUUUGACAAGCAGACCAUGAGCCUUAAACGAUCUUCCAAGGGGGAUUAUCAGGAAGUGAUGGAGGAAGAGAAAUCCCAAAGGAUCACAACAGCACCUGCUCUCAAAAGCAACCAGCCAUCUCAGACCAGGUUUGCUUCUUCCACGGCAAACAUCCUAUACAGCAGCAACCUCCGUGAUGACACAAAGGUGAUUCUGGAGCAAAUUUCCGCCAACAGUCAGAAGAACAGAGCUGAGCUGGCCAAGCAACUACCAUCCACAAGUAAUCCUGAUCUUACCAAGUCUACCAGCAGUUUGGAAUAUAAAGGUGAGAAGGAGAAAAGCUGCAACAUUAGCAGGUCAGAAAGUUUUGGGAGCCAUAAGAAGACUCUUCAGAGGCAACCAUCAGAGGACAGAGAUACCCUUCUGAAAAAGAUGGAGAAUAUGCGAAAGGAGAAGCGGGUGUAUAGUAGGUUUGAGGUCUUCUGCAAGAAGGAUGAACAACCAAUUCAGAAUGAUGAGGAAUAUGACACAGAUGCCAAAGAUAAGAAAAUGGGGAAAUUCAUGCCCAAACUCCUGGGGACCUUCAAAACCAAAAAGUGACCUUAGAAAUGCUGCCUAAAUCCCAACUCCAGGGGUGGAAUUACUGUCUGUCAAUGGAGAGAGGGGAGGUUACGCUUCAGUGAUGGACACUAGUAACAUGCUGAAUACUCCUUCAUGUUGUUGAGUGGGCAGUUGUGCAACACUGGCCUCCUACAGCACGAUUUCCUCAUACAGUUAAAUGGUGAAAGGCAAUUUUACUGCAAUAGGAUCCAAAUUAUAAAAAAAAUUAAAUCAACAGAUUGUUUAAAACAAAAAUAAAGUGGAGUCUGUUUAUCAUCUGCACAGGGAAGCUCCUCAGCAGACAGAACAAGCUUGCUAUUAUUCGGGGAGGGGUGAAACUAUAAUGCAAAGCUCUGCCCUGAGCCAGGGAAGUCCGUACUUCUCAUUUACAAGAACAAUACUGAUUUUUGGAUAUUUCUCAGGUUGUGGUCCAUUUUUUCCUCAUAUGUGGUACCAGGAGGAUCUUUGACAGUUUCCAGGAGCAAGAUCUUGCAGUAAAUUCUUUGCCCUUACCUGUAGUUACGACCCUGUCCAUUGGCACAUGUCCAGCUUUUAUACUUAGCAUUGUAUAACCUUAUGGGUGUUUUUAAAUAUAGUUGGAAAUAUUAUUGCUUUAGAGGGGGAGGCAUGAGCAGGCAGCUGGAAGGCAGCAGCAGAGGGAAUUUGCGUGCCAUGCUGGGAUAAAGAGGUGUCUCUAGUUUAAAUUAGCCAACCUAGUAGUGCACUGAAUCAAGCCUGUACAAUGCAGCCUUCGUCAAGCAGAAUCUUCCUUGAGGGUAUACCGCCAAGAAGAGGUGUUUUGUCUCAGGGAGGGAUUUGUAGCAGAGGAUAAGCCAUUUCAAGUGUUAGCAGGUUCCCUCAUUGUGAUGACAGGAAAGGGAGGAGGGGUUCAGACAAAAGGAGGAAAUAACUGAGCUUUACUGUAAUUUAUCUUUUCUUAAAGCUCAGCAAUGUUUUUUUCUUACAUAGAUUUCUUUCAGGUGUUUGGUACCAGGCCUGGCCCAGACCAGUCUGUAUGGUUCAUACUGUGGUAUUGGAUUGUCUAGCAGGACAGUGAGUGGAGGGUGGGUGUCAAAAAGAAAGAAGAGGGUUGUACAUAAGGUUUGCUGCCUUUGGUCUGUUGUUCUUCAGCCUGAGACUCUCUCUCUUAGGCAACACAGCAGCAGUGGCAAUGGGUCUCAAUACUGGAAAUUAUAUCUGACCAUAUAUUUUUAUCUGUGUGCCUAGAGAUACAAAUAAACACAUUUGGUAAAUUAAAAAAUAAAUGCAUAAAAAGUCACAGCAAGCUCAAGUCCUCAGCUGGCAAGGCAGCAUAGGAGAACAUCUUAUGGGCUGUGGGAAGAGAGAAAUAACUCUUUUGAAAAUAGGCAACAAGACUUUUGAGAAUCAGGUCUGGCCACCUUCCCUUACUCCACAUGACUGCCAGAAACUCAGUUCCCCAUUACAACUAUGGCUCCCUCCCAGCCUCAGAGGUUGGGCGUUUACCAACUGUAACUGUGGAAAGAGAACCAAUUCUCUUAUUGGAAGUGGCUGCCUUACUCCUUUGGACUGUGUUUCUAACAAGGGGAGGCAAAAGAUAUAAGGGCUGAGGCCUAACUCAUGCAUGUCAGCUGCUCCUUAGUUCCCGCAACAACAAGCAAGGUGGAAAGUCAAGCAAAAACAAAAAAGCCACAUCUACAAGACAGUUAUCAAAUGAUCCUAAAGGACUGGGCAGACCAUCUCUUCCUCUCCUGUGUCCUACACUGAAGAGUCUUUUCCAUCCCUACCUGAAGAAUCUCUCCCAACUUUCCAGCCCAGCUCAUGUUUCACCUGGUGCAUAUGUUGUGGGUAGGAAGUAAGUGCCCUUACUUUGAACUAUCCUUCUGAGUUUUCCUGCUAACUCCAGUGAGAUUGAGACACAGCUGAUGCCCCUUCCAUGAUCACUAGGACUGCAAGUUUGUCACAGCAGGAAAAAAAAGUCAUGUAUUGUGCUUUUCCUAUUUGUCCAUGACUUUUUUUCUGUGUCCAUAACUCAUACUGAAGUGGCAGCUCAUGCAAUUCCUGUCCCAUGGGGGUUUGGGCUUGGCUGUCUGCUCUGCACGAACUGGGUUACAAACCUGCUCAAAUUUGACCUGCCAGACCCUCCAUCAUGACUGGGUGGGAGAAGGGCAAGGGAGAAAACUUAAAUGAAUGGCAUUUUGCCCGGGUGGACUGGGCCACAGAACCGCUCAGGUUUGGCCUGCCAGACACUCUAUCAUGACAGAGCAGUCAGGCCAAACCUAAGCAGUGCUGCGAACCAAUGUGCCUGGUUGCAAUGCCAGGAGCAGGGCAAUGGGCCCAGAACCGUGGGACACAGGAGCUGCUGCUGUAGGGUGAGCACAGGGUGCCAGGACCAGUCCUGUGGGACAAAGGAGCCAGAUGUGGGGUGAUUGUGGGGUAGGCUCUCUCCGCAGUGGCUCCCACCAGCUUCCCCUCUACACUCAGCCAGGAUUAGGAUUGCAGUGCUGGGGUGGAGGGUACUGCUGCAGGUGGUUGGUGCCCCCUUGGUGAGGCAAGGAGGAGGGCAUUUUUUUAAAUAAAAAAAAACAGAUUUAUUUUUAUUUUUGAUUAAAAAAAAGUUGAAAUAAAGCUGCAGCCCUAAUGAACAACUACCAGGGCUGGAGCUGCAAGCUCACCAACCCUGCUACAGGUAUGUGGAUGACAGGUAGGGGAAGGGCAAGCAGUUGACAGUAGUUUUAUUUGUGUCUUAAAGAAUUAAAGUUUUCAAGAUGCCUAGCUGUCAUGCUAACAGCACUAUAUAAAUUAAUUAAAUUUUCAGUGACAAAUGGUGGUUAUUUUAUUGGUGGCUGGAAGCAGUGUCAAAUGAAGCCCUGUGUGGCUGGAUUUCCCAAUUUUAAGAAUGGGUUCUUCAGGAAGCUUCACAAGUGAUGAUUGAAAUCUCCAGUGAUCAAGAGUAUAUAUUAUUUCUAAUUUGAACAGUUCAAUUAGACAUAAAUAUAUUAGCAAAAGAAAUGAGCAGAGAAAUGGGGAGGAGCUGGCCAAAUACACAAUAAGGAGCCUAAAGGGCAGUUUUAAAUUUACUCCAUGUUGCAAAUAAUACUAGGAGGAAGAUGGCACAAAAGUUCAUACAGUAGAACAGAAGUCUUGUUCCUGUACAGAGCUCCAUCUCUUUUCUUAUUCAGUUUCUUGCUACUGUUAUAUAUUAAGAGGAUGCUAUCUAAGCAGUUCUGUAUAUUGUGGUGCAUAAAAUAAACAAAUUAAUUUACUAAAA